AUGGGACUUGGGAAGAUAGGAAAAACAAAUGAUGAAAUUUGCCAGAUAAGUCAAAAUCUUGUCAGAGGCAAAAAGUUAUUUGGGAAUUUCAAUUCCUUGACAGAGCACCUGGAAAUUCUGCGACAAAUGAAAUAUGAACAAUUUUUUGGAUAUCAGAAAACCUUUCAUAAUUAUGAAAAGUUUUUAUACAAGAUUAUGAAAUUUGUAAAAGAGUUAUCGAGCCUACAAGGAUCUUUAUUAGAUUUCAUGAAAGCUACGCGUAUAAAAGAAGAAUAUAUGAACUUAAAAAAGGAAUAUGAAAUCCAAGAAAAAGAAUUGAAUUCAAUAAUGCUUAAAAUGUAUAAUAUUACAAGAAAAAACAAAGAAAAUCAAACUGAAGAUUUUAUUAAGAUUGAUGAGGUAGUGUUAUAUUCUAG